CCAAGUCCAAAUCUGGGGACCCCUCUCCUGCACCUCGUGCUGCAUUCUUUCUCCUCCGCAAGAGUGACUCUAAGGAGCGCCACCCGCCUCCUCCCUACCGGCAGGUCGCCCAGGCUCUCAUCUGGCUCUCCUGGCCUCGGUGUGCCUCCAGGUCCGAGCGCUCCUUUAAUCAGCUCAGGGGGCGCAGAUGCCCCGCCCACACCGGCCAAGGCCCCGCCCCUGUGCCCCAAGACCCCGCCCCCCGUGGCGGGGAAAUGCCAGUACUCUAGGCCUUUCGGUUUGCGCGGGCGGGCCUGCUGCGGAGAGAGUGGGAGCUCUCGCAGCCGCUCACGGGAGGAUUUUCACAAGACUUGUUUGACAUAGACUGUCUGCACGGUGCCCCUCCCCAGGCCUACACUACCCUAGGGAACUUUGCUGAAUGAAGACUCUCUUGCAGAUGGAGGAACUGGAGCGAGGCCUGUUGAUGCAGCCGUGGGCGUGGCUACAGCUUGACCAGAACUCCCUCUUGGCCAAGGCCUAUAUCACUAAGCAGGGCUAUGCCUUGCUGGUUUCAGAUCUGCAACACGUGUGGCAUGAACAGGUGGACACCAGUGUGGUCAGCCAGCGAGCCAAGGAGCUGAACAAGCGCCUGACUGCUCCCCCUGAGGCUUUUCUCUGUCAUUUGGAUGAUCUCCUUCUCCCGUUGUUGAAAGACACUGCUGGCCCUGGCAAAGCCACCUUCUCCUGCGAUCGUGUGGCAGAGGCGCUGGUACUGCGCGUGCGGAGUGAGCUCUCUGGUCUUCCUUUCUAUUGGAAUUUCCACUGCAUCCUAGCUAGUCCUUCCCUGGUUUCCCAGCAUUUGGUUCGUCCUCUGAUGGGCAUGAGUCUGGCAUUGCAGUGCCAAGCGAGGGAGCUGGCAACACUGCUUCACAUGAAAGAUCUAGAGAUCCAGGACUACCAGGAGAGUGGGGCUGUGCUGAGCCGAGAUCGGUUGAAGACAGAGCCAUUUGAAGAAAAUUCCUUCUUGGAACGAUUUAUGGUAGAGAAACUACCAGAGGCAUGCAGUGUUGGUGAUGGGAGACCCUUUGUCAUGAACCUACAGAAUCUGUAUUUGGCAGUCACCAGACGAGAGGUCCAAUUGAGACAGCAGCAUCAAGGCACUGGAGAGCCUCAGACCUCAAGCAGCGCCUCCCCUCAAGGACAACUUCUGAACCAGCCCGAAGAGCCAGACUCCUCAGCACCAUCCCUCCCAGCGCCGGAGAAAAAGCCCACAGGUACUUCAGGCCCCAUGCAGAGACUUCAGCUGUCAAAGGCCAAGAGGAAGAAGCUAAGGGGGCUCUUCAGUUAACCUGUCACUUUCUCAGCUGCUGAAGAUGGACUUGGAGAAUAGUGUCACCUUGAAAGGAAUUCCGUGGCAGCCGUCUAUCUGACACAGUUAUACAGUCAGAGGCCCCACUGAAGGAGCCAGACAACUGAAGUUCAUGUUGACAGGCACCUGAAUGGGUACCGUUAACCGAGGGAAUCUUGGCUCCAGCCCCCUGGGCUUUGGCCUUCCCUAUCCAAUUGGAAGCCAGUCUCUGGGAAUCCCAUGUUCUCCUCCUUUUGGUGGAGGUUCUCUAGACACCAUGGACUUUAGGUAUAUAGGGCAAGUCAGCAAAAAGGCACAACCUGCUUAGGAAGCCUUGGCUACCUCUCUCAAGAGUCCCUAGCCAGUCCCAGGGGCUCCUCAGAGACCCUCUUCUCUCUUUAGCAUGGAAUAAAAACCACUCACCUCCCCUUGCUUUUGAGAGCGCUUAUUCUGUGGAACACAUAACCCACUGCACUUUGCUGGGCCCCACCCCACUGUCUUCUCUGGAUGAAGCCUGAGCCCUCAGUCCAGUCCUUCAGUCCUUAUGCUUCUCUGAGGUGGCCGGUGCCGAGCUUUUGUUUGGGAACUUCGAUCUUGAAAACUCUCCAUGGUGGGCACAGGGCAGAACAGGUGGCUGCUGCUCUCCUUUGUCCAACUUGAUGUGGGUUUUUUGGUGUGUUACCAAGGCAUAGAUGAUAGGUUAAACCACAGUAGGGGAUUAAAAUUAGAAAGAGCUCAAGCACUAGGACCAAGGUAGUUUCCCACUACAGUGGGAGAAAAAUGAAUUUUACUUUCCCCUCCUUCACUCCACUUCAAAUAACAUGGUAACUAGAAGAACUAGGAAAGACAGGAUGACAGGGAACAGGAAAUGGCCACACAAGUUCUCUGGGAUGACAGAAUUGACCUGUAGAAUGAAUCGUGCUUAGCGAGAGAAAAUGUAAAGGCUGUAGGAUAGGCAGAGCCUUAGACAGUUGGAAAGUCAACUCUGACAAAUCUAGCAAGACUUAGCAGACCAGUGUUGGCCAAGUCCCUUGGCCUUCUCCGUUAGGCUUUCCUCUCUAGGUAAGACCCUAUGCGACAUUACUUGGAGAGAGGAAUUGUUAGGUGGAGGAAGGGGUCAAGGUCAGAACCCACAGAGGGCUUUUCUGCUUUAUUUAUGGCUGAUGGUCAAGUGCCUGCUCCUUCACAUAUUCUCUAGCUGGGACUAGUGUUUCUGUCCUCAUGUCAAGUCAUGGGAGAGAGGACAAUCCAAGCAGUAAUAAUGAUCAUAAUAAGAACAACACAAUGAUAAAGUUCCUGAGCAGUUAGUGGAUACUAGGUACUCUAAUAAGCGCCUGACAUUGAAUCCUCACAGCAUCACAUGAGGAAGAUACUGUUAAGCCACUUGGAAAUGGAGGCUUGAGGUGAUUAAGUGACUUACUUAAAGGUCACACAGCUAAUGAGUAAGAGCCAGAAUUUGCACCCAGACAGCUGAGUUCUUAACUGCGUUAUAUACAUUACUGAAAACAUUUUCCAGGAGCGAUGUGAGGUCCUUCUCUCCCGUCUUCCACGGUAACAUCCUUCUCCCAUGACCUUGCCUCCUUUCAGGAGGAUGUUCUUGUCUCCAUUGGCUCUUCAGGGCAGGAGCCUUCGAGGACAUCAGGACUGGGCCCCAUGCCUUGCCUGCUGGCAGAGUCUGAAGGCUCCAUCAGGGCUGAUUCCCAGUUGCUGCUGGUAACUUUCUUUACCUCUAGACCACAGAGCCCCCGGGUGCACCCCAUGGUCUUGACUGUCAUCGAAAUGAAUGAGGAACUAUGUAAAAAUCUAUCAGAUGGC